CAAAGACAAACUCAUUUCCCCCGAUUCCAUCAACUUCUCCGCUCCUCUUUCUCACGCGAACCGCAAUAUCAGAAUCAUAUUCAUUUCAAAAUUUUCUUUUUUUUUAAGUAAAGUAAAAGAGUACCCAACAAGCUAGCGAAAACCCAAAAAUUCCCACCAUUUUGGCGGGAAUAUUUCAAACAAAAUUUAUUUUUUCACCGCAAAUCAGACAAAAUCUACGAGGGAAAAUCGAAAAAUUAAAAACCCUAAUCCCCAAAUACUUCCAAACCCCGCCUCCCUCCCUCUUAUAAAGUGUGUAACAGGUUAUUCAUUUUUCUUGCGCACAACUGUUCGAAGAAAUUCCUCAAAGAAGAAGAAUAAGAAAAAUAAAAUAUGUAUGUAGUGAAGAGAGAUGGGCGACAGGAGACUGUUCAUUUCGAUAAGAUUACUGCCAGGUUGAAGAAAUUGAGUUAUGGUCUGAGUACUGAUCACUGUGAUCCUGUUCUUGUCUCCCAGAAGGUUUGUGCUGGUGUUUAUAAGGGUGUUACUACUAGUCAGCUUGAUGAAUUAGCCGCUGAAACUGCUGCUGCUAUGACUGCUAAUCACCCUGAUUACGCUUCGUUGGCGGCGAGGAUUGUGGUUUCGAAUUUGCAUAAGAAGACUAAGAAGUCGUUUUCUGAGACGAUUAAGGAGAUGUACACUCAUUUUAGUGAGAGGUCUGGAUUGAAGGCUCCCUUGGUUGCUGAUGAUGUCUAUGAUAUCAUCAUGAAGAAUGCUGCUCAGUUGGAUAGUGAGAUAAUUUAUGACAGGGACUUUGAUUAUGAUUUCUUUGGUUUCAAAACCCUUGAGAGAUCAUAUCUCUUAAAGGUCCGAGGGGCUGUUGUGGAGAGACCCCAACACAUGUUGAUGAGGGUUGCUGUUGGGAUCCACAAGGAUGAUAUUGAGUCGGCUAUCAAAACAUACCACUUCAUGUCCCAGAGGUGGUUCACCCAUGCUUCCCCAACUCUCUUCAAUGCUGGCACACCAAGGCCCCAAUUGAGUAGCUGCUUUCUGAUCAAUAUGAAAGAUGAUAGCAUUGAAGGGAUUUAUGACACUUUGAAGGAGUGUGCUGUCAUCAGCAAAUCUGCUGGAGGUAUUGGGGUUUCUGUUCACAACAUCCGUGCCACUGGAAGUUAUAUACGUGGUACUAAUGGGACAUCAAAUGGCAUUGUUCCUAUGUUGCGAGUGUUUAAUGAUACUGCACGAUAUGUUGACCAAGGAGGAGGGAAGCGAAAAGGUGCUUUUGCUAUAUACCUUGAACCCUGGCAUGCUGAUGUGUUUGACUUCCUAGAUCUGAGGAAGAAUCAUGGGAAGGAAGAACAACGUGCUCGUGAUCUCUUUUAUGCUUUAUGGGUACCUGAUCUUUUCAUGGAACGAGUUCAAAGUAAUGGAGAAUGGUCCUUGUUUUGUCCUAGCGAGUCUCCAGGUCUUGCUGACUGCUGGGGUAAAGAAUUUGAGGACCUUUACACCAAAUAUGAAAGAGAGGGUAAAGCAAAGAAGGUUGUCCAGGCACAAAGCUUGUGGUUUGAGAUAUUGAAAUCUCAAAUAGAAACAGGAACUCCUUAUAUGUUGUUUAAGGAUUCAUGUAACCGGAAAAGCAAUCAGCAGAACCUUGGUACCAUCAAGUCUUCAAAUCUGUGUACUGAAAUUAUUGAGUAUACUAGUCCAACAGAAACUGCUGUGUGUAACCUGGCGUCAAUUGCUCUUCCACGAUAUGUGAGGGAAAAGGGGGUUCCUGCUGAGUCUCAACCUUCUAAACUUGUUGGAAGUUUGGGUUCAAAGAGUCGUUACUUUGACUUUGAUAAACUGGCUGAAGUUGUUGAAGUGGUUACCACAAACUUAAACAAAAUAAUUGAUGUGAACUUCUACCCCGUUGAAACUGCAAGAAGAUCAAAUAUGAGACAUAGGCCAAUUGGAAUUGGAGUCCAAGGCCUUGCUGAUACCUUUAUGUUGCUUGGCAUGCCUUUUGACUCGCCAGAGGCACAGCAGCUGAACAAAGACAUAUUUGAGACUAUUUACUACCAUGCGCUUAAAACUUCUUGCAAGUUGGCUGCAAAAGAAGGCACCUAUGAGACAUACCCGGGCUGCCCUGUCAGCAAGGGGAUUCUCCAACCAGAUAUGUGGGGUGUUACUCCCUCAGACAGGUGGGAUUGGGGCUCUCUCCGGGAAAUGAUAGCUAAAGAUGGUGUUAGAAAUUCACUUCUUGUGGCUCCUAUGCCAACUGCAUCAACAAGCCAGAUUCUCGGGAACAAUGAGUGCUUUGAACCAUACACAUCCAACAUUUACAGUCGAAGGGUUUUAAGUGGUGAAUUUGUUGUGGUGAACAAACAUCUCCUUAAUGAUUUGACCGAGAUGGGUCUUUGGUCUCCUAAACUGAAGAAUCAGAUAGUAUUUGAUGAAGGUUCUGUUCAGAAAAUCCCUGAGAUUCCAGCAGACCUGAAAGCUAUUUACAAGACUGUGUGGGAGAUCAAACAAAGAACAUUAGUUGACAUGGCAGCUGACCGUGGAUGUUUCAUUGAUCAAAGUCAGAGCCUGAAUAUUCACAUGGAGCAACCCAAUUUUGGAAAGUUAACUUCUCUGCACUUUUAUGCAUGGAGUAAGGGUUUGAAGACUGGCAUGUACUAUUUAAGGACACGAGCAGCAGCUGAUGCUAUCAAGUUCACUGUGGAUACUUCCACACUAAAUAAGACGGAACCAAGCACGACACCACCAGCUGAAGACGACAAUGCAAAUCUGGCGCGGAUGGUAUGCUCAUUGACAAACCGCGAAGACUGCAUGGCUUGUGGAAGUUAGAACAAGGUUUACAAUCCUUGUACACGAGGCUUGUUGUUUAUCAUCAGUAAUAAUCAGCUUACGCGAUACUUGUUGCUUGUCUGAGUAAUACAUGUAUAUUUCACCUGAAAGACUCGGGUGUUAAAGACUAAAAACAAUGUAUCUGGGCAUUGUUGUAUAUAAAGUAGAUUUGGGAUAUGAAUGUAAUGUUCUUGUGCUUAUACUAGUACUUCUUUUUGUUAA